AAUAAGUGGUUUCCAGAGGACAGCCCCAAUGACAGAACUGUCUGCACAUUUACCCCAGUUUCAGCACGGGCAGCUGACAGAAAACUUUCCUGAUAACCACCUCAGCAAUACCGUGUUACUGACUUUUUAGCUUCAGAAUUUUCACUUUUAACUAUGUCUGAGGAAAGUGAAGAGUCUGUUCCUUUGCUUCCACUUCAGCAAGAGUCCAUGGCCUCUGCUCUGUUUAAUACUGAUCAGAAUGACAACAGCGAAAGACGUCGCCAUGAUAAUAGUGAGCGCAGAAGAAAUGACAAUCCGGACUCUGAGGCCAAUGGGCAGCCACAAAACACUCAGCAAGUGGUGGAACAAGACGAAGAAGAAGAUGAGGAGCUAACACUGAAAUACGGGGCAAAACAUGUGAUUAUGUUGUUUGUACCUGUCACGCUUUGCAUGGUGGUCGUUGUCGCAACCAUCAAGUCUGUCAGCUUUUACACACGCAAGGAUGGACAGCUCAUCUACACUCCUUUCACAGAAGAGACAGAGACAGUAGGACAGAGAGCCUUGAAUUCGAUUCUCAAUGCUGCUAUCAUGAUCAGCGUCAUCAUUGUCAUGACCAUACUCCUGGUUGUGCUUUACAAAUACAGGUGCUACAAGGUGAUCCAUGGCUGGCUUAUAAUUUCUUCUCUUCUGCUGCUUUUCUUUUUCUCAUUCAUCUACCUGGGUGAGGUUUUUAAGACCUACAACGUUGCUAUGGACUACAUUACAGUGGCACUUAUGAUCUGGAACUUCGGUGUUGUGGGAAUGAUCUGUAUUCAUUGGAAGGGGCCACUUCGGCUCCAGCAGGCCUAUCUCAUUAUGAUAAGUGCUCUCAUGGCCUUGGUGUUCAUCAAGUACCUGCCAGAAUGGACUGCAUGGCUUAUCCUGGCUGUCAUUUCAGUGUAUGAUUUGGUUGCUGUCCUGUGUCCUAAAGGUCCUCUUCGUAUGCUAGUUGAAACAGCUCAAGAGAGAAAUGAAACUCUCUUCCCAGCACUUAUUUAUUCCUCAACAAUGAUCUGGCUAGUGAACAUGGCUGAAGAAGAUCCGGAAGCCCAACGGAAAGCUUCCAAAAACUCCACUUAUGAUAAACAAGCUCCGGCAAACCAGACUCGGAAUGAAGAUGCUGAAGCAGAUGAUGGUGGCUUUAGUCAGGAAUGGCAGCAGCAAAGGGACAAUCGAAUAGGACCCAUUGAAUCAACACCUGAAUCUCGUGCUGCUGUUCAGGCUCUACCCAGUAACUCUCAAACAAGUGAAGACCCUGAAGAACGAGGAGUAAAGCUGGGCUUAGGAGACUUCAUUUUCUACAGUGUCCUUGUUGGCAAAGCCUCUGCAACAGCAAGUGGGGACUGGAAUACAACUUUAGCCUGUUUUGUAGCCAUAUUAAUUGGUCUGUGCCUUACACUUCUGCUUCUUGCCAUCUUUAAGAAGGCCUUACCAGCUCUUCCAAUCUCCAUAACCUUUGGGCUAGUUUUUUACUUUGCUACAGAUAACUUGGUGCAACCCUUUAUGGACCAGCUAGCGUUCCACCAGUUUUAUAUCUAGCACACCUGAUGCUGGUAUUCUAUGGAUUAUUUGUAGCAAAUCUGGGAGGAGAAAAAAAAACCAUACCACAAUUUUUUUUUGUCCUCAGUUCUCAAGUGAGUCUGAAGUCUAGUACUCAAGAUUCCAAGCCUGAAUCAUUACAGCUUCCUCCGAUAAUGUUUUGGUUUGGUUUUUUUCCUGAGACAACUGCUGCACUGGGCACCACAUGAAUUAUGCUGUGUUGAAAGUGGCUUCUUCCUGAUGGCUGGUCUAAACUGGGUGCUCUUAUAUCAGAGGUAAUCUGAUAUAUAUAUCUCUGGUAAGGACCACCAGUGUGAAAAUUACUAAUGCUUCCACCAGCAAUGAGAUCUCUUGCCACAGGUUGGUUAUUUUCACAGCACUACGAGUGCUCAGGACUUCCUUGAUGUUAACAGAGGAAGCUGACAAAUCACACAGAACUUGUCCCUGUAGCCGCUCGAAGAGAAAGAACUGAAUUCAGACUUCUUCAGCAGUCAUGUUUUGACAGCUGAGCUCUAACUCUGCUUUGUGUAACAAGAAGGGACUUUGUAGCAAUUCAACAAAGGGAGAAAGCACUGUCAUUCUAGGAGUGCUCCACCACUUCAUAGCCUCUGUGCCUGAGUGUGCUUGGUUUAGUAAGUUUAAAAGCUUUUGUUGUUGUUGUUGGGUUUUUUCCACACUGGAACUAGAUCCUCUUCUCAGUUUUAGUACUUGGUAUCCUCAAGCAUGGAGUGCACCUUCUGUACACAUGCUCCAGUUUAUGUAGCUACUUAGACCUGGACUGAAUUAUUUGACGUUAUUGGAUCGUAAGGUUCUAAUUGAAUCUUAAAUGCUAAAAGGUUAUGAAUCUAAAUUAAAAAGCAAUUUCAGGACUUACUCUUUGUGCUUUUGCAAAUCAUUUUGCUAGAACACCAUUCCAAACCUUGUGUUUGAGAAUGAUCACUAACAGCACGGACUGAAUUGUUGGUGUAUGUUCCUUCUAUUGAAAUUCUUAUCAAAUAAGUAGACAUCUGCAGCAUUCCCAAAUGGAGUUUAGCUUGCCAGUUCUAGAGGCCAGAGUGCUAUUAGUAGCACUUCUAAUGAAUCACUGAAAUUUUUCCUCUUCAAAAAUGUGGUUUACAGUUCUGUUGACCUGAACUAUUGGUCACUCAACCAUCUAACGCCUCAGGCUGAGCUGGGGAUAAUUUUUGUUCAUGCAGUAUCUUUAUUGGUAAGGAUACUUCAGUUAGGUGAGACAUUGCUUCAUGUUACCAAGGAGCAAAAUCUGGGGCUCUCUUCACUUUAAUUACCUCUGUCAUGAGGAACUGAAGACUGGAGAAAUGAAAACCAACUCAAAGUCAGUGAAAAGAAGAUAGGAGGUUUUGAACUUCUUACAAGAAGAAGAAUGGAUUCAAACUUUAAAACUCUCUUUUCUUCUUAAUUUGAAAGAACUUGUUUAUGAACAAUAAUUUGGAAAUGAGACUUUUGAGAGAUGAAUUUGGUUUUGCUGUAGGCUCUUACUCUGUACAGGUAAUGUUUUUUCUGAGGGGAAGCAUAUGGAGUGCAUACUGUUGAUGGGCGUUCUGUUUUACUUGCAUCUUGAUACUGGAGUCCUUGCCAAGCAGAACAACUAUCAAAAUCCUGACGCAAGCUCCUUUUACCUUCUUUCUGGGGCUUUGUUUCAGUGCCUAUAGAUUCAGAGGACUGAGACAUCUCAGAUGCUAAAUGAACUGUUGCCCAAAUAGGGGGAGAAAGGCUAUGAUGUAUAAAUCUGCUUUAACAAGAAGAAAGGCUUGCUUUGAUUGCCCUUGGAAACAUCUGUCUCUUUUCCACCAUGAUUUGCUAACUGUAGUGUUAGCAUUUACAUUUUCAUAAAAUACAUUGUCUUGUCACCUCUAAAGUAUUUUUAUUCAUCUCAUUUGUCUGCUGAUUCAUCAUGGAUAGCAUUAAUAAACAAACCAUAUCAAAAUUGCUUACACUGACUUUUCAAGUCAGACUUGCUUGUGUUUUCUAGCUUAAAUCUCUGUUCCGUGUUUUGCUGCAGUGAAGCCUGACUUGAAACAGGGUGGUUGUUUUAGGGGAGGUUUGUUUGUUCAGGGUUUUUUUGUUUUGGUUGGUUUUCUACAAGACAUUUGAUUUGUUUUUAUACUAUUGUAACUUGUCCCUUUCCUGAACGUUAUACCUAAGAAAAUUCCCUUGCGUGUUUUAUUGAGCACCGUAACUAUCAUUUCAUUGUACAGAACAAGUUUGCUAAGAGUUGGCCUCACUAGCAUCUGUCUGCAUACCUGAGCCAACUCUCAGUUAAGAGUUGUUACUUAAAUGCAGCAGUCAUCUUUAUUGUUUGGGUUUGGGCUUAAAUAUGCACCAGGGGAGCACUAGCUCCAUGAAGAGUUGCUUUAGCAUCUAUAGAAAUGCACAAAAUCCUUUCCACAUACUUGAAUGAUUGUUAGAAGUGCAACCUACAGAAGAGCUCAGAAUCUUCAAACACUACAUUGCCAGUCUUCCACUCCUCAGAGCUGCUUCUGCUACCCUGAAGUUUUAAUUUCUGAGCUAGUGCAGAGUUAACAGUGGUGAAGAUUAUGACAUAUAUAUUCACAGAAAAUGUUCAACCUCAUGUAUUUGAAUCUGAAAAUAAAUUUGGAAUGCAAAUUGCUUUUGAAGCCCAGGUCAAUGUAUCUUAGGCUGCUUAUUACCAAGUCUUACGUACACCUUCAGAAACCAGAUGAAGCUUUCUAGAUUUGCCCUCUUAUACCAAGUCAUGAUAGCUUAUGCUCCAAAUGGCAUCUUUCAACUAAAGGUGAUCUCAGUUCUUGGGCCCAUAAGGUUCAGCUGAGAAUAGGUUCUUUUUUGCAUUUGGGCUGUUCCUAUGUAAGCAUGAAGGUUGUGUCACUUUCUUUCCUUUGUCUUAAAACACCAAUCUGCUAUGAGACCAUGAACUGUUUUGUCUCUGCUUGAUAUAGCUGAAAAACUUCUGAUAUGUAGUCUGCAUUUUUGAGAGAGUUUUCUUUAUUAUUAAAUUAGUAUGUGAAUUGCAGCACAUGAGACCAUAGCUAUGAAAGAGCUAUUAUUGUAUAACCUUAGUAGCUAGAUUCAUCUCUUCUGUGCCCAGGCAGACUGACUGAUAACUGCUAUGUGACUGUUUCACCAUUCAUACUCUGAAACUGGGAUCAUGAUAGCUUUCCCCUUUCAGCUUAC